AUGCUUCGCACCCUGUCUAAAUCUGUCUCUGCCGGUUUGAAGCUCAAUGCUUCGCCAUUGGCCCGUUUGAGCUCGAAGUCAUACUCGACAGUCAACACAGCUCUUUUCAAUUCUCGUUCUGAUCUCGACAGAGCCACUUUCACUAUCCGUGACGGACCAGUUUUCCACGGCAAAUCGUUUGGUGCCAACACCAAUAUUUCUGGUGAGGCCGUUUUCUCCACUGGUAUGGUUGGAUAUCCUGAGUCCAUGACCGAUCCUUCGUACCGUGGUCAGAUUCUUGUUUUCACUCAGCCCUUGAUUGGUAACUACGGAGUUCCUUCAUCCACUGCUAGAGACGAGUUUGGACUUCUCAAGUACUUUGAGUCUCCUCACUGUCAAUGUAUCGGUGUUGUUGUUGCCGAUGCUGCUAUGCAAUACAGUCACUGGACUGCUGUCGAGUCUCUUGGUGACUGGUGUAAGAGAGAAGGAGUUGCUGCUAUCACUGGCGUUGAUACUCGUUCAAUUGUGACCUAUCUCCGUGAACAAGGUUCCUCUUUGGCCAGAAUCACUGUUGGUGAGGAGUACGAUGCUGAUGAGGACGAGGCUUUUAUGGAUCCUGGUGCCAUCAACCUUGUGCACAAGGUUUCUACCAAACAGCCAUUCCACGUUCCUGCUGCCACCAUCCCUGGCCAAGAGAAUAUCCACGUUGCUGUUAUCGACUGUGGUGUCAAGGAGAACAUUUUGAGAUCGCUCGUUUCUCGUGGUGCCUCAAUCACUGUGUUCCCUUAUGACUAUCCUAUUCACAAGAUCUCGCACCACUUUGACGGAAUCUUCAUUUCCAACGGUCCUGGAGACCCAACCCACUGUUCUUCGACCGUUUACAACCUGAAGAAGACCAUGGAGACCUACGACGGUCCUAUCUUUGGUAUCUGUUUGGGUCACCAAUUGCUGGCACUUGCUGCUGGUGGUAAGACCAUCAAACUCAAGUACGGUAACCGUGCCCACAACAUUCCAGCCCUUGAUCUGAUGACUGGCAAGUGUCACAUCACCUCGCAAAACCACGGUUACGCUGUCGAUGUCGCCACUCUCCCCUCUGAAUUCAAGCCUUACUUCAUCAACUUGAAUGAUCAGAGUAACGAGGGUAUGAUCCACGAAUCACGUCCCAUCUUCUCGACCCAAUUCCACCCUGAGGCUAAGGGCGGUCCUCUUGACUCGGCCUUCCUCUUCGACAAGUACCUCGCUGACAUCCAAGCCUUCAAGCAAAAGAAGUCGGCCCAAGGACUCGUCAACGCUGCGCCCUCUCCCCUCUUCGUCGACAUCCUUCCCAAGGAGCGUGUCGGCGUCGAGAUCAACCCCCAAGCUUAA